AUGAGCUUUGCCCGAGAUUCUGAGGGCCAGAACGUGUUUCAUCUAGCGGCGGCACACCCCAGCAGUAGGCCGCUAUCCAAACUACUUGCUGGUUACUCGCGGAAACAACUGCUGGUUGGUCUGGUGGCGAAAGACGCUCUAGGACGAACCCCGGCCAAGAUCGCGGCUGAAUCGAGCAACCUAACCAACUUGCGACUUCUUCUUAAGACAAACCCAGACUCUGUGGGCAUACGUGAUGCCAGUAAUGCUACAUUGGUCGAGAGUUUGAGGCCCACAGAGCCAGACCCGACCCUAUCUUUACGGUCCUCCAUGAUCACAUGGGGCGACAAUUCUCGAGGCGUUCUAGGCCAGGAAAGCAGCCACAAUGACUUUUUACCGCCGCAAACGGUUGAUAUGCCCUUCAAACACGCAGAGAAAUCUGAUCUAUUUGGUGCUGUUAAUCUACCUUUAUCCAUAAUCGAUGUCGAUCUCACAAAGGGCCAUUCCGUGGCGAUAAUGCAGCCGUCCGAUUCUUUUGCGAAGGAAGUUUAUGUUUGCGGGUCUUCCAAGUACAGUAUUGGACUCUCAGACUCUAAAAAGGCCUUUCAAUGGACGCAACUUGUUCUGGAGGUAGCUCCGACCGACCGCCUGCUCGGCGUUUCUUCAAGCGCCAAUCAUGGAAUCGCUAUUUCGUCCACAUGCUGUUGGACUUGGGGCGCAAAUAAUGCAGGACAACUAGGAUACGAUUUGGAGGGCGAGAAAUUGCAGGUGUUGCCCCGCAAAUUACCGGACUUUAUGGAGUACGAAGCAAGAGGAACUUUCAAUGCUUUCGACGCCUUAGCUAGCGACAACACAAGGACGUUCAGUGAGACACUUGUUGGAUGUGGAUGUGCACAGUCUUAUAGUGUUGUGUACACGGCAACCAAAAUAUACAUGUGGGGACAGGACUUUGGGCAAAUGCUGGGCAAAGGAGCUGGGGGGCCGGUGGAAGAACCAUUGCUUGUGGCUAAUUCUGUCAAGCUGUGGAAAUCGCGAAUUGAAAAAGUCGUUUGCUGUGAUCUCGCAGUUUAUGUGCUUCUUGCAAAUGGUGAAAUCAUCCAGCUCGAAAAGAAUACCGCCGCCUCUUUGUCGUUGAAAUACCGAGCCCUCGACAUCAGGUGUGCUGGGAAAUACGCAGUCAUUCGCACAGAGAAAAAGCUGCUCAGGUUUCAGAACAACGAGGCAACAAAGCUUUGGAGCAUCAAUCGGCCGCUUGAUCGUGUUCGUUCUUUCGAUAUUGGUGAGCAGGGACAUGUUAUAUUUAGCACGGCAUCUGGACAGAUCUAUACGUGGGAGAAUGGUCAACUUAUAGAAAACAAACAGGUGUAUGGUGGCGAGAUCGUGGCUGUGCGAUGUGAUCCACUUUUCAGAUCAUUCGCUGCCGUUCAACAAGUGGGUGUCGAACUAUUUCCCAGCGCUGCUUCAUUUGCACGUUCUCCGAGCCCAAACCACAAGAAUUGGAACCCUCGUAAUGAGAUCUGCAUAGCCGAUACCUUUUUGGAGAGUGCCUCGCAAACAAAGGUGCCUGUUCAUUCUGUCGUGCUAUAUGCGAGAUGUCCUCGCCUGCUUGGCGCAGAUCAUGUGGCUCCGUCGCAGUCAAUUCGGUUUGUGCAAAAGGGAAAUGGUUGGUCUGUUGAAGGUGUCAGUGAUAAAGUCCUUCGGGCGUUUGUUGACCAACUUUAUUGUUCAAGUUCUAUGAACAAUCACGACCUCAACCAGCCGGUUUCAGCUGAGGGGCAGCAGUAUCGUGAUGUGGCUAAACUUGUUUCCCAGACACUGAAAAAGGGUCUGCUAGCAGCGGCUGAGUCUAACAAGGGUGAUGUUGUUUGCGAGUUGGAAGGUGGUGUCGAUAUACGAAUUCACGGAGUAGUGUUUGCUGCCCGUAGCGAAUACUUUGCUGCUCGAUUGAGUCCAUAUUGGUCUCAUGAGGCGAAAGUGGAAUUGAAGCAUAUCUCGCCAAAAGUUUUCGAGGCCGUAAAACGUUUUGCUUACAGCUUUUCGAUUGCCGACUCGCUUCAUUCGAUGCCAACCCAACUCGAAGCAGUGGCAUAUCUUUACGAUGUCGCAGCAGCAGCCGACGAGCUGGGCUUCCGGGAUCUUGCUGAAGGUUGCUGGGCCGCUUUGUGCGAAUUCAUUUCUCUCGAUUACGCACCAGCCAUGCUCCAGGAGCGACCACCGAUCAAGUUGCGAGACAUAAUUUACCGGUUUAUUUUGAACAACCUGGAUUUCUACCUAAACGAUCUGGAAAGUUUGGCAUCCUGUUUGGACGCCAUCGAAAGCUCAAGUGGUUCCAAGAAGAGCAACAGCGCGGCCGAAAUCGAUGCUGCUAUUGGGGCCUUGCAAAGUCAAGAACGUAGGGCUACUGAGGAAGAAGCCAAAGCGUCGAAAGUGGCAAAGGCCCAGGAGAAAAAGCCUGCCAAGAUAUCUGAACCAGAGCCAGUGUGGACUCAAACACAAGCUCGGUCUCGGCGACCUCGAUCGCCUGCUCAACCGGUCGCUGCAACGACUGACGCAACCGAGGGCUGGACACAGGCUCGCACUCCGCAGCGCACACCGAACCGAACGCCGACAAGAACCCCUAUCCAGGUACCCAUGGCCACACCGGUAGCUACCCCACCUCGGAUAGCUUCACCACUGGUCCGUCCACCCACAAACGCUGCUACAUCCCAGAGUUCUGUUGGGGCAGCAGUGUCGGCGGGAUCUUCGUCACUUCCAUCGUUAGGCAGUCUGCCGAGCCUGGGGUCGAGAAACAAAGCACCAAAGCCACGGACCCAAUCCACCGAGGGACCUCGUCCCAAGUUGUCCCAGAAAGAACGGAAACGCCAGCAGCGCAACCAACGAAUCGAAGACUUGGCGCCCGACCCCGAACCUGCGCACACCGAGUCGCCCUGGCGUCAAAUCGACCGCACGCCAGCGCGUCCUAUUCUCGAACUUCUUCAACGAACCAGGCGACCACAGGCGUCUUGGGGCAGUUGA